UUCCAGGCGCCAGCGGCUGUACACCGCCGCCGUGGGAGAUAAACCCUUCACCUCGCCGGGAAAACAGAAAAGGGAAGCGGCAGCGGAAGCGAAGAACAGAAGCCACGACGGCUGGUUGCAGCCUUUUCUUUUCCGGUCCAGCCACACUGCCAACACAUUCUUCCUAAAUGGCUAAAGGUCAAGCCCUAAGCUCCUUUUUCCGUGUCGCAGUACGACGUUCCAAAACCCCCUCCGCCGGCCCCGUUGCCGUUCCUCCGACCACUACCAACGAUGGUCUACAACUUUGCGCUCCCAUCAUCAACGCCUGCUCUACCACCAAGCGCUCUGCUAAAACCUCGAAGAAAUGCAGUACUCCUGCCCUCGCGACCCCCUCCUCCGCCGCCACCAUCGCAGCCUGCUCCCCGCGAAUUGCCGCAGCAGCAUCUUCCUCGACGACCGAAGGCUCCGUUAAAACCCUAAAGAAAUGCUCCCUUAAAUCAAAGCAGAGUCCUGCUUCAGCUAGUUCCACGCUGCCCGAUCGCAAGAUGGAAGCUUCCAGUAACGACUCAGAUGAUGCCCCACUUGAGCUGACAGGGGACCUAACGACCAUAAUGAUCGAUACUGUUUCAGAUCUCUGGCCCAAUUCAAAGGGAGCCAGUGAUGAGACAUCUUCAGAAAUUAGAUUGGAUAUCCCUUUUUUUCCAAAUCUCACAAGUGCAGAUAUCUCUUCACAACGGAAAGACGUGAGACGUGCGAGUAAAGAUAAAUUCAUCUUCAGCUCUGGUCAGGAACAUCAUGUUCAGCGGAUAGCCAGAACAUGCGCCGAGAAGCUUGGACCAGAGCAGACCCUAAAUGUAUUUGGAAAGUUGCGGCAAGGAACAGGCGUAAAAGAGUAUGAUGCAUUGAUAAAGAGCUGCUUAAAGAUAGCCAGGGAAACUAAAGAUGAUGAGAUUAUCUCGAAGCAAAUGUCUGUGUGCUUUCAUCUCCUCGCCAUGAUGAAGGAACAAGGUUUCCAGAUUGAAGAAAAUACCUAUGGACCUGUGCUUUUGUACCUUAUUGAUAAGAGCAUGGUUCAAGAAUUUCAUUCUCUUCAUCAAACCAUUAAAACUGAGAAUCCUAGCUCUCUUGCAAGAUUAGGUUACUAUGAGAUGCUGCAAUAUAUUAGAGUUGGUGAUGAGCAAAAGAUUCAAGAACUCUGCAGUACAAUAUCUCUUGGUUGCGAAACUAAGAAUCUCAGGAUACAUGAAAAUUAUUUUAUAGCACUUUGUGAAAGUAACCGGAAGAAUAAUAUUUUGCCACUGUUGGACGUUAUUGAUGUAACAAGAUUUGAGUCAGUAGAGCAUAUUUCCACGAUCUUUAAUACCUUUGGAAGGUUGUCUCUGGAGUCCUCCGCGAUGAAGUUCCUUUUGGCAUGCAAAAGUUGUGAUAAUGAUGCAGAGAAAAUCUCAACUCUUGUCUGUAGUUAUGCUACUGGAAUUCCAAAUUUAGAGGUGGGGAUUUUACAUGAAUGUUGCUUGUAAUGUCUCUGGCCAUACUGCUAUGAGGUUGAAGAUGUCAUUUUAAAGUUCAAAGAGCUGCACUCAAACCUGGGCAUAAAACCUUCUAUGGGUUCUUAUGAGCAGCUCAUAGCUUACUGCUGUGAUAAACUCAAGGUUUACGUUGCUCUUGACUUGGUCGACCAAAUAUAUGAAGAUCAAUUAUCCUUAUCCAUGGACACGUUUUGUAAACUACUGGAUGCCAUAGAUGAAAGCUCGGACUAUAUUCUGGUCCGGAGGAUGUACUCCUUGCUGAGCAAUCAUGAUUUGCAACCAACUAUUGAUACAUUCAGGAAACUGAUAACCUUGAGUGUGAGGAUAAAGGACUUUGACCUGGCAUAUGCCAUGCUUGAAGAUCUGAAGAACAGGGGAUUCAAACCUACAGCAACCAUGUUUAACGUUAUAAUGGGAGGAUUUUUCCGGCAGAAGAAUACGUAUAGUGCACUGAAGGUUCUGAAGGACAUGGAGCUCGCGGAUGUAAAACCAGAUUCUCAGACCUACAGCUAUUUGAUAGGCAAUUGUGUGAGUGAAGAUCAAAUUGUAAAGUAUCACGAAAAGAUGCAGCUUGAUGUUGUUAAAUCUACAAAGCAUGUUCCAAUGGCGCUUGUCAAUGCAUAUGCAGCCUCUGGAAAUUUUGAGAAAGCAAAACAGGUACUAUUGGACAAAACCACUGUAGAUGAGGACGUUAAAAGUGUUCUCGUAUCUGCUCUGGCAUGCCAUGGACAAUUUUUUGAUGCACUUGCUAUAUACAAGGAAUUUAAGGACGCAGGAAACAAUAUAACGUCAAAAGCUGUCAGAAAUCUAAUUGAGCAAUUUCCAUCUGAUGGAGAGAUAAGCGAGUUACUUGCACUGUUGGAAGAAGUGCAUGAUUCUGAGUAUUGGGUAGAUGCAUGUUGCAGGGUUGUGAUACAUUGUAUUCGUAAUAAGCAUUCCAGUUGUCUUUAUGAUUUGCUCAAACUACUCAUGGAGAAAUUUUCAGACGACGAAGUCACAAUGGAAGUGCUAUUUGAUGAGUUCUUUGCAACUAUCGCUGAUACAGAACGACCAGACUUAGAGAUCGGAUUAAAGUUGCUAGGAAUAAUCAAAUGUGAACUUGGUGUAAGCCCUUCCCGAAAAAGUCUUGAUUUUCUUUUGCAUACUUGCGGCAGGGCCAAGGACUUGGCUCAUGCACGUUCCGUGUGGAAAGAGUAUGAACUGGCUGGUCUUCCUUACAAUGUCUUGAGUUAUUUGAGGAUGUACCAAGUUCUUCUGGCUUGUGGAAGCCACACCACUGCCAAAAGCUUCCUAACUAAAAUACCAAAAGACGACCCUCACGUCCGUAUGAUUAUUGGAGCGUGUCAGGUAACCUACAAAUCUAAACCCAGAAAAAAGUAGAAGACAAUAGGGUUAGUUCGUUCUGCCAUAGAAAUAGCCGUCCUGACUUCAAACCACUCAGAGAUGAGAUGGCAAUUCUUUUAGGGGAACCUUGAUGGAAAGAACAAGACGUCGGGUGCCCAGGAACAAGUAUAGAAUAGAUCUAUUAACUUGCUGUUACUGAUUUUGUAUACCCUCAAUUUAGGGACACUUGAAUUGUUGAUAGUCCCUGAACAAAUCACAUGAUGUACUUCAAAAUACCAAAUACAAGUGAUGAGAAAUCUUAAUUAGAAAAUGUUUUUGAGUAUCGAUCUGAUACGAUUCCUUUACACGUUUUGACAUACAUAAUCGAAUUCGUGAGCUUACUCGUGAGUACUCAAGCACGAGAGCCCUCUCUUUGUACCAUGUUGAGAAUGAUUUCUUUCUAAUGGCUUGAGUUGCAGAUAAAGAUAAUAUCGAUCUCGUACUGUUUCUUUUAAGCCUGCGAAGAGAAUCCCUGAGCUACAAGAAAUGGUCACUUUCCUCUUCGGUAUCUCUGGUGUGUUGUUUAUUAUAACCAAAUCCCUACUCUUAACAUGAAUCAUUUGGUCUCCCCCAUGAUCAAGGUUUUCUUUACAUGAAAAAGCACAUGUAUCAAAAGGAAUUGGCAACAAGAAUAGCCUGCCUGCACCUAGCUUUAGCCUGCUCCAGCCUCUCCUCCAGAGUCUCCUCCUUCACAGCAGCUUUCACCAUGGCCAAAUCCAUCUCCAUCAGCCUCAAAACUCUGAACAGCUCAGUGACCAUCCUCUCUUCCACUUUGCCUUCAUCCUUGAGCAACUCGGCCUCUUCCCUUGCCCUCUCUGCCACUAUCUCCCCGACCUUCGCCAGCAGCUGAGUGGAGCCGAACUCCCUCUCCAUUAGCCCUUCCAGCUUCUCCAGGAAAUCCAUUAUCAUGUACCCUACUGGUUUCUCCACCUUGAUCUCUUUCGUCCUCCUCCAUCCGACCUCGUAGUUCGGGGGCGGCCCGUCCGGCUUCAGCAGAUCGCUCUGGCUCUUCCUUCUCUCCCUGAGGAUCUCCGACCUCCGCCGCUUCUCGAUGGGGAAGUUGCUGUUGUUUAGUGUCGUGGAGAAGGGAAGUGCGGGUUCCGGGAGCGAGCCGUUGGCUGUUGUGGUUGCGUUGUCGAGGGAGGUCUCGUUGAGCUCUGAGUUUGCUGCGGCGCCGUUGGUGGUGCUGCUGCAGUUUAUGGGUCUGAUUGCUGGUGGGUUUCGACUCUUUUGUGUGAUCAGGGUGAAGACUGCUAAUGGUGGUUUGCUGCAGAAACGGUUGGAUUGAAGAAGAGGGAUCAGGGAUGAGAGGGAGGGAAUAUGAGUGGAAGCCAUUAGAGUGGCACCAAACGGCCAAGGGACGAUGGAGAAAGGAGGAAGAAGAAGAUAAGGCUUUAUACUUUUCUGGUCGUUUGCGCCAUUGAACGAGUGGAAGAUAUCUACAGAGUAUGUCUGCAUGAGACGCAGUUUAUGGUUUUGUUAUUUUCUUUGUUUCCAGAAAAAGAAUACCAGAAAUUGUUCCAAA